AAAAAUUUCAAUAUAUUUUAAUAUACUUCAAUAUUCUAAAUUAACUAUUUAUGAAUUACAUAAUCCAGAUCAGAUAACUGAAAUUGAACUAUUUAAACAAAUCAUUUUCAGUAAUAUUUUUACAUGUGAAUAUAACUAUCAAAAUUGUUUCAAUCACAAUAAAUCAGAGGUUCUUAAACGUAUUCAACUGUUGGAAGAAAAAUUGCCAACUUUAAAAGGUUUAGAAAAAGCACUAAUGAAUGAGCCAUUAAUAUGGACUGAAAUAGUUGAGACAAAGUUGAAUUUUUUCCAUUCGUUGCCUGGAUUCUGUACGAAAAUACCAAUACCUGAAUCACAUGUAUUUUUGGUUUGGAUUUCAAUAAGACCUGAACUAUUCCACGUCAUUUCAAAAGUUUUUGUAAAUCAUAUAUUGGCUCAACACAUUACAGUAAAUAAUAAUAAAGAAUAUCCUAGUAGAUCAUUUGAAGCUGAAAAGCGUUUACGUAUCGAUGAAUUGUUUCAACCACAAAUUAUGAAAAGAGUGAAAGGGUUUUAUUCAAAUGUAAAUGACUUCUCAUCUUCAGUUAUUUAUUUAAUCCUUCCAAGCGAACUGAAUGAAUUUAAACAUAAGGAUCUUCUUGUUAAUGAUAAAUCUGGAAAAGUAGUUGUUUCAAAUGGAUUAAUAAAUACAUUGAAUAAGAUGGCGAUGUAUUCAAAUAGAACUUUAUUUUCUAUAGACUGUGCAAAUACUACUGAUAUCUCCUACUGGUUAUCAGUAUGUGGAUCCAAUACAAAUAUACUUCCAUAUCAAAGAAUUUUAAUUGUUCUUCAAAAUGUACACAUCAUUCACAAGAGAAUGACUAUACUAUUAAAUGAAUUAUUACAAUAUGGUCUUUAUAAUUUAAGAUAUAAACAAAUUCAUAAUUUACGAAAUCAAGAAAAGCCUAUAUUAAUCAAUAAACUUGGAAUAUGUUUUGAUAUUAUAAUUGAUUUCACAUGUUGUACAUCUGGAAAACAAAUAGUAUCCGUGUAUAAUAGAUUACCGGGUUGGUUAAGAUUAAAAUGUCUACCGUUGUUAUUCCAAUAUGAGAAUGAUCAGUCAUUAUUUACUACGAGUUCGUGGAAAUUGACCUCAUUGGUAAAUAAAAAAGAAAAGCCGAUUUGUUAUUCACCGGAAAAUGUCAAUGAAUCUACAAACGAAGAAAAUUCACAGUUGUGGAUAGAAGAGUCUGAUGGAUUAUAUGAGAAAACUGAAUCUGACAAACUUUACGAAUGUAUAUACAACAAACAAGAUAUGGAUAAACGAAAACAAUCGAUUGAUACAAUUUGGGCUACGAUUGAGAAAGAAUUAAAGAUACUUGAAACAAUCUUCGAAGAAUUGAAAUCACGUUAUUUAUCACCAUCAUCAUCAUCCUCAUCCUCAUCGCCAUCACCACCACCACCACCAUCAUCAUCAUCAUCACCAUUGUCCAUUAAAAAUACUUCACCUAUAUUUAUGUUGACAACUCAGUAUUACGCAUAUUUACGAUCUAUAAAAGAUUAUCAUAAUUAUACAAAGAAAUACCCAUCAAACAAUUAUAAAUUAUUUACAUGGUUAAAACAUCAAUUAUUAAUUUUAAAACACUUUCAUAAAUUAAUAAAUUCAUGGGAUAUAGAAAAAUUAAUUGGUAUCACAUUACCUGCUUCAAUUAUUAUUAAUCCUAAAUCAUUAUUUGAUUGGAUUAUUUCUUCUACAUCAAGUAGUUCAAUGGAACAGUAUCACAUAAUAUCUACUAUUCAAAAGCCAGGAGACAAAGAAAUAUUUAAAAAUGGAUUAAUUAUCACUUCUAUUCGUUUAAUAAUCCAUAGAAAUACUAAAAAUCGUAUUCAUAAUCAAACAGAGAACAAUAUAAGUAGUCUAUUAAAAAUUACUAAAGUAAUUAAUUUACAAGUAACAACUGUACCUAUUGAAAUAUUCAAUAAAAUGAAUUAUAUCAAUGCUAAAUGGAUUAAAUCAUGGCCACCUAAUCAAGAUGAAAUUUGUCUAAAACUACCUUUAUUAUUAACAAAUCAGAAUGAAUUAUCAAAGAUUUACAUUAUAACUGAUUACAAUCUGUAAACUUUUGAUUCAAUCAACUAGAUAAUAUUAAUAAACCAUUUCUUUUAAAAAAUAUAUAUUUCUUUA